GAACAGUAGUUGCCACAAAUUAAACGAGUCAAGUUGUCACAUCGAACUAAUUGUGAAUAUAAACAACAACAAAAAAACAAUUUAAAGGACCCAAAAUAUUUUCUAAAAAACAUAAACAAAAUGUCCAACAAACUAUUUAUCGUUUUGUCUUUAAUGUGUGCCAUGUUUGGCACUUUAAAUGCCACUGGCGAAACUGAAUGCCCACAAAUUUGUCCUGCUUUGUAUGCUCCCGUCUGUGCUACCGAUGGCAAAAUCUUCAAAGAGUUCAGCAAUAGCUGUGAAUUGAAGAGCAGCAAUUGCCGUUUGGAACGCUCCUCAUUGAAACCUUACGUGGCCACUCUGAUGGACUGGUGCAGCACUGAAUUGGUGGAAAAUGUGGAAGAACUAUUGGUGAAAUUGAACAAUUUGGAUAUAGCCACUCCCCAAUGCUUGAAGCCUUGCCCCAUGAUUUAUCAACCCGUGUGCAUCUCUAAUGGCAAAUAUCGCACUUUGGCCAGCAAUGUUUGUCUUAUGGAGAAUAUCAACUGUGCCUUGGGCAAGGAGAACAACUUCAAGGUGCUCCAAGACGGAACAUGCUAAGUACUACAUGCUAAAUUUUCAAUCAACGUAGAUACGGCAACUAAACAUAUAUAGAAAUAAAAAAUAUACAUACUUAGAAAUGCAAUAA